AUGGGCAACGACCUCCAAGUGCUCUCGCCAGGAGUCGGCUACGGCAUCGUGAUCGGCAUCGGCGGCGUAUUCGCCCUUUUCAUGCUCGGCCUCACAUGGCUACAAAACCGCUACACGCAAUUCUCAACCCACAAAGCCGAAGAAUUCAACACCGCAUCUCGAUCCGUGAAACCAGGUCUCAUCAGCGCCGGUAUCGUUUCCUCGUGGACUUGGUCGGCGACGCUCCUGACUAGUUCCACGUUCGGGUAUAGUUAUGGUAUUUGCGGACCGAUGUGGUAUGGAGCCAUGGGGACGCUACAGAUUCUCAUGUUUGGUCUGAUUGCUGUGAAGAUCAAGUCGAAGGCUCGGGGGCACAUACUAUGCCGGAGAUUGUAUUGGAAAGGCAUGGAAAAAUUGCGCAUUUGA